UUCUUUCCGGAAGUACAUAUCUUUACUGACGCUGGGAGAAUUAAGCUCUCGCAGAAACUUCAACGCCUGCACUGUAUUGAUUCUAACGGACGUCGGGGCAAGCUGAAGUUUCACAUAUGAUCUGCAUACUGCUGGUAGCCGGUCACGGCACCGUGUUAGAAACACAAAUUAAGAAUGAUGACACAGGUUUAUACAGCCACCUGACAGGGGUGCCAAAGGCCUUGCUCCCUGGCAUUGGAGGAAAGAAGAUCCUUGAUUUUUGGUGGGAAACUGUCAACAUGCGGCAGUUGUUCACAGAAGUGUAUCUGGUCACCAAUGCUGACAAGUAUAAGUACUAUGAGCGCUGGGCUACUGCUAAUGACUUCCCAGUAGAAAACGUAGUAAAUGACGGCAGCACUACAUUGGAGGACCGUCUUGGGGCUGUGGCUGACCUGGUGCUGGUCAUACGUAGUCGCAAGCUGCGAGACGAUAUCGUGGUGAUAGCAGGAGACAUGCUGUGUGCAGACCAGAACUUUGAUAUUGCUCAAGUUAUCCGCUUCUUCAGAUCAAAGCCUGGAGAGCUAAUCAUUUACUACGAGCUGGAGGAAAGUGAGAAAUGCAGCUCCAGGGGCAUUGUGGAGGUCUGCCCUGACACCCAUAGGAUAACUCGUUUCUUGGAGAAACCCCAGGAUGGGCUGACAGCAUCCCGGCUGGCCAGCGUGGUAUUUUACUGCAUUCAGAGAGACACACUGUCCUACCUGUCUGACUUCCUCAGCCUGCAGCCUCAAACUACAGAGAGGACCUUUGGACAAUUCUGGGAGUGGCUCAUCAAUGAGAAGCAUCUUGAUGUGUUUGGGAUGAAGCUUCCUACUGGUUUCCAGCUCAUUGGACAAGUGGGCCUGUCAGACUACACCAAGUGGCUCACCCACUACUCUACCAAGCAACAGUACAAUCCUGCUAAACCAAUUACAUGCAGGUCAUUUGCCAGGGUUGGAUUAAUGGGGAAUCCCUCAGAUGGCUUCAAUGGGAAAACCAUUGCCAUGACAAUCUCUAACUUCUGGGCAGAGGUCACUUUAGUGGAGAGCCAGACCUUGGUUUUAGUCCCUCAUCCACUCAAUGAUCCCACAGAGUUUGGAAGCUUGCAAGAUCUUUUCUGUAUCAGCAGGAAGGAAGGGUACCUGGGAGGUCUCCGGCUGCUGCAGGCCACCUGUAAGAAGUUCUACCAGUUCUGCUCCAAACAAGGUUUAGCUUUAACAAAGCAGAACUUCACACUGAAGUACGACACCAACAUUCCUCGGCAGGUGGGCCUUGCUGGAAGCAGUGCCAUCGUCUCAGCCACUCUGAAGUGUCUCAUGAAAUUCUACAACAUCACCGACAAUGAUCUCCCAAAACCAGUCCGAGCCAACUUCAUCCUCAACGUGGAGACUGACGAACUUUUCAUUACUGCUGGUUUGCAGGAUAGGGUUGUUCAGGUCUAUGAAGGUUUAGUCUACAUGGAUUUCAGCAAGAAGCUUAUGGAGGAGCAGGGCUACGGAAAUUAUGUUUCUAUGGAUAUGAGCAACCUUCCACUGUUCUGGCUGGCCUACCUGAGUGACCCCAGUGACUCUGGACGCAUCCACAGCAACAUCCGACAGCGCUGGCUCAGUGGGGAGCCUCUGGUAGUUGAGGCCAUGAAGACUUUUGCUGAGCUAACUGAUCAAGCCAGGACAGCUUUACAGGACAGAGACUGGAGCUGCCUGGCACAACUGAUGGACAAGAACUUUGAGCUGAGGAGGUCUAUAUACACUGAUGACUGUCUGGGUCCUGGCAAUCUCAAGAUGGUUCAGCUGGCGAGGCAGUUCGGCUCAGCAGUAAAGUUACCAGGCAGUGGGGGAGCUGUGGUGGGUCUCUGCCUGGACCAGGCAAAACUGGUGGAGAUGAGGCAAGCUUUCCAGGAGGCAGGUUGUGUCUUCUGUGUCAUCGCACCAUACAACCCAUCUGCCAGCACUGUGGGCUGCCAACACUAACCUCAUAUCUACCCACAACUCAGUCAGGCCACUCAAGGCCGACUCACGGCCUGGUUGGAUAUUGCACAGUGUGGCCCUCAAUGUGCCUAAUGUCAUUUCAUAGGAUUUGUCAUUGAAAUUACCAGAAAAGAUCAUCAUCAGUUAUAUGGAUUUAUCUGAAAGCCAUAAAUUAAAAAUAAAAAUCAUUGUCACUAUCAGGACCCCAUUCUCUGGUGAGAGUUUGUGUAAUAAUUUACCAGACCAGAUCAAAUCAUGUCUAGUCAAACAUCAGGUACUGCUCAGCCUUGUAAAAAUCAGCCUUAGAAAACUUGUAUCAAAUUUACUAUUCACAACAAUGUUGAAUUAUAUAUGUAAUUAUGUGUGAUACAAUUGUAUAGAUUUAAUACCAUCACUGUGUAAUCAGUGUAAUAUGUGUACGCAAAUUAAAGCAACUUUUAUACCA